CAAAAUGCUGAUUAGUUAGAGCGUAUUUGCAUAUAAUAGCUGUUUUUUAUUUUAUCUUUAGAUUGCUAAUUAAUUAUAUGACCUAAAACUAAAAGAUUGAAUUGUUAACAGAACUAGAUGAAAUUAAUGAAAUUAAUUCAUUUGAUCAAAAAAAAAUAUUUCCAACAUAUCGAUACUUAUAUUCAUAACGACGAAGUGUUCAUAUUUUAGAAAAAUCAGCAAAAUCAUGCACCUAAUAAUUAUUUUUGUUCCUACACACUUGCAUCUGUUUCUACCAUCUUGUCACCAUCGUUACUAUUGUUUGAUUAAUAUUUGUCCUGACAAUAAUAUUUGCAUUUCCUUUAACAUUGUGUAUUUAUUGCUCAAAUAAAUUUUACUGAAGUAUUCGACACAUAAGUAUCUAAGACAACUAUAGGUUGGUUUGUUUUUCUCUUUCUCCGACUUAUUCUGGUAAAUGAGUUUUGAAAAUUUUUUUUUUUGAACGAUUCCAUGUCAUGCGUCUGCGUGUAUGUUUUAGUUCUUUUUUACCAUUUAUACCCUAAAUUGGAAGCGAUGUUAACAAUAAUGAUGACGUUUAUAUAAGAAAAAAAAAAUAUAGAAAAAAAAUCGGCCCAUAAAAACGAAUAA